GAUCCACAAAUAGAGAGAGUGAGAGAUUCCAAGGAGGAGAGUGCGUGAGCGUGACAAUGGAAGCUGACAAAAGAUGGUCUCUCGCCGGAAAAACAGCUCUGGUUACCGGCGGGACUCGUGGAAUCGGGAGAGCAGUAGUGGAGGAACUAGCAAAAUUUGGAGCAAAAGUUCAUACUUGUUCAAGGAACCAGGAAGAGCUGAAUGUAUGCUUGAAUGAUUGGAAAUCCAAUGGUUUAGUAGUGUCUGGUUCGGUUUGUGAUGCUUCGGUUAGGGAUCAGAGGGAGAAGUUGAUUCAGGAAGCUUCUUCUGCCUUCAGCGGCAAGCUCAACAUCCUUAUAAACAAUGUUGGAACUAAUGUCAGGAAACCAACAGUUGAAUACUCAAGCGAGGAAUAUGCAAAAAUCAUGACGACCAACUUAGAAUCUGCUUUCCAUUUAUCCCAAAUUGCUCAUCCUCUUUUAAAAGCAUCUGGUGUCGGAAGCAUUGUGUUCAUCUCCUCUGUAGCUGGCCUGGUGCAUCUUCAAAGUGGAUCUAUCUAUGGUGCAACUAAAGGAGCACUUAAUCAGCUUACAAGAAAUCUAGCUUGCGAGUGGGCAAGGGACAACAUCAGAACCAAUUGCGUGGCGCCGUGGUACAUCAAGACCUCACUUGUGGAAACGCUACUUGAGAAGAAAGAUUUUGUUGAGGCGGUAGUUUCACGGACUCCACUUGGGCGCGUUGGAGAACCAGAGGAAGUCGCAUCACUGGUUGCCUUUCUCUGCCUUCCCGCAGCAUCUUACAUUACCGGACAGGUCAUAUCCGUCGAUGGAGGAUUCACUGUCAACGGUUUUAGCUACACCAUGUAGCCAAAAUCUCUCAUAUCAACGUUACUAGUAAAGCAAGAAUCCUCAUGAGGUUUUUGCCCGUUGGUCUUGUUUACCUUUUAUGACUUCUUUAAACCUGUAGUAAUAAUGUGAAUUAUCUUCACAUUUGUUUUCCUAAUGUAGCCGUUAAAUAAAUCAAGGCACAGUUA